AAGUCACGUGGUUUGUGGUUGCUUAGCAACUGAAUAGAUUUACUGCACACGAGAUGUGUGAAACGAUGUCCAGAUGUAUAUUCUAAUCAAGGCUUAAAUGCGCUUUCAUCCUUCUUACAACACAUUGGUAUUAAAAGAUGACGACGAAAAUAUAAAAUAUUCCGUCUGGAAGACAAGUUGAUACCUUAAAUAUGACGAUAGACUAUUUGGUUUUCCUCGCAAUGUCAUUAGCACAAAGUACUGUAAGGUACGCGCAGUUUUCUCCUCCGUACGACAUACCAGCGCAUGUGCACUUUGAUUCUUUCAAUACUGCUUUUGGUUGGGUGCUCAAGAGACAUGUCAUCAAGACCUUAUCUAACAUCGUUGGUAUUGGUCAAUGUAUGAUGCAGUGCUCCCUUUACGACGAUUGCUACAGUCUUAACUUUUAUCCCAAUGUGGGUGUCUGUGAGCUGAAUAGCGCUACGCAUGCGUCACAUCCGGGAGACUAUGUUCCCUCUGAUAAUGGCAGCUUUCUGUUGUAUAUCUUUCGUUCCGCUAAGUUUUGUGAUGACUCGUUAUGUACUGGGGAUCAAGUGUGUCUUUUAGAAAAAGAUGGCGUCACUCGACAGUGUAAAGAUUGUGCAAAAGCGCUAGGAAUGGAAGACCGAAGCAUCCCAGACUCGGCCAUCAUGUCCUCGUCAACAUAUGGAGCAGGAACAAGUCCUUCAGGGGGGAAAUAUGCUCGAUUACAUAACAUAGCAACUGGAUUGGAUUCUUGUUGCUGGGCUCCAGCAUAUCCUACUGCAGGGCAGUAUCUACAAGUAGAUUUGGGUCAAGUCAAGAUUGUAAAAAGAGUCGCAACGCAAGGAAGAGACGGUAAUCAAGUCAAAUAUGUGACGAAAUACACGAUCAAAUGGAGCAUUGAUGGACAGACCUGGGAGGACCAUAAAGAGAAUGACGUUGUCAAGGUAUUUGACGGAAACGUCGACCAUUUUACCGUAGUAACGAACAGUCUUAAAGAUAAAAUCAUAACAAGAUACAUACGACUAGUAGUACAGGAGUGGUAUGGUUACAUAGAGCUACGUAUGGAGCUGUACGGAUGUACAAUUUAAACUACAGACUUUCCUGGCACAUGGAACAAACAAUGAAAUCUUCCGUAAAAAGUUUUGUUACGUCCAUGAUUAAUCUCUCGCACCCUUGCUCCAAUACUAUUCCAGGUUGGUAGGGUUCUAUGGCACCCCAGUAAUUUCUGCCUAUGUGUACACGUCACAUACCUUCCUUAAGAAUGAAGCAUGUUUAUGAUAAACAAUGUAACAGUUUAGAACAGUUUGUAUUUUUAAUUUACUCGAUUGGAAGGCGAGUAAUAGCCACCCCAGAAAACCAUGUCACUAUCUUUUUCCCUUCCAAGGAUGAAGCAUGUUCAUCACAAACAAAUCAACACCUGCAACAGUUUGUAUUUUGAAUGAGGAAUAAACUUACUGAAGACAUUAA